UGAAAUACGUAUCCUUGCCAAAGUACAUACGUGGAUUGAAUCAAUCAAACAAACAAACAGGUGUCAUGUUCUUCAACAGAUGGAUGUCCUCUUGGGCCAGGGCCAGUGAGGACCUCUUCACAGAUCGCAAUGAGAUCAAUUCAGAGACUCUCUCCCAGGCCAUCAGGGCUGCAGCAUCUGAGGAGCCGGACGCAGACGGCAGUGUGCUGUUCGGCCAGCUGCAGGGCACUGUGGUGGGCCUCAGAUAUUACACAGGGGUGGUGAACCAAGGGGAAAUGGUCGGUUUAGUGAGGGAACCCCAGAAUCCAUACGAUCGUAACGCAGUGAUGGUUGCCAACAUUUAUGGCAACCAGGUAGGACACAUAAAGCGAGAGCUGGCAGCGGCUAUGGCGUACGUCAUGGACAACAAGUUGGCUAAAGUAGAAGGGGUGGUGCACUAUGGAACAAAAAAUAAGUUCAACAUGCCUGUGAUGUUGUCCUUCUGGGGGAAAGAAGAAAACAAAAACACUGUAGUUGAAAGCAUGUUACGUCGUGGAUACAAACUCAACACAGGUGGAAUCAAAUCAGCAGGUGCUUAUCAGACAACAUACAGCAGUUCAGGUGCUCGUGCAUUUCCAACCAAAAAAGGUGUGACCAUCCCACUUACUGCAGAGGAGCUGAAAAAUGCAUUCGAUAAUCUGUUUGAAGGGUUAAUGGAGAGUAAAGAUGGGGAGAAAGAAGCUGCCAAGUCUGUAGCUACUCCUCUCCUGCUCCACCAGAAACAGGCUCUGUCCUGGAUGUGCAGUCGAGAAAACAAGUGCACUCUUCCACCCUUCUGGGAGAAGAGAGGUGAUCUGUACUACAACACCCUCACACAUUUCUCUGCUAGAGAAGUACCGGAGAGGGUGCGUGGAGGGAUACUGGCAGACGAUAUGGGACUGGGAAAAACUCUGACAACUAUUGCGCUAAUCCUCACUAACUUCCACAAUGGGAAGCCUCUGCCCGUGGAGAUGAGUGAUGGGCAGUCUUCUUCUAAUAAAGCCAAAGUUAAACCACAGACCUUUAAACCUGAAGAGAAGAGCAGUGGAACAGCGGCGAGUGAGACAACAGUUAAAUCUGUACUGUCAGACCCAGACCCACAGAUGGAGGUCAGGAGCGAUACAGAUAUAGUUGUGGUCACAGACAAGUCAGAGAAAAUUACAGAUGCGGGCAAAGGAAAGGCAAAAGCCACCAAGCGCAAGUCAAAAGAGAGCACAGUACUGCUGGAGGAUUUGGAUUUUGCUGCAGCACUGAGUGGUUCAACAUCAGAUGCAGGUUUCAAGAAGAAGAAAACUAACAAAAGUGCCUCUUCCUCUAAAAGUGGAGAGUCCUCCAUCACUGAAAGCCCAGAAGACUUAUCAGCGAGAACAACACUUAUCAUCUGCCCUCUGUCUGUGCUCAGCAACUGGCUGGACCAGUUUGAACAGCACGUCCAUGCUAACGUGAAGCUCAAUGUGUAUCUCUAUUACGGAUCUGAGCGUAACAGGAGCAAGAAGUUUCUGUCAUCUCAGGAUGUGGUGAUCACCACCUACAACGUCCUCUCCGCUGACUUUGAGAAUAAAAGUCCUCUACAUGGGAUCCACUGGCUGAGGGUGGUGCUGGAUGAAGGACACACUAUAAGAAACCCAAAUGCACAGAUGAGCAAGGCCGUUCUGCAACUGAAAGCGCAGCGACGCUGGAUUCUUUCAGGUACUCCCAUCCAGAACAGUGUGAAGGACCUGUGGACGCUGCUGGCCUUUCUGCGUCUGAAGCCGUUCGAUGUCAGAGAGUGGUGGAACAGAGUGAUCCAGAGACCUGCCAUGCAAGGAGACAGAGCUGGCCUGCAGAACCUUCAGACCCUGGUGAAGUGCAUCACCCUGAGGCGGACUAAGACCAGUGAGGUCAAUGGACGUCCACUUGUGUCUCUCCCUGAGAAGAUGGUCUGUGUGGAGCAGGUCGAACUAAACCAGCAGGAAAGGGAGGAGUAUGAGCUGGCGCGCAACGAAGGACGAAGUACCAUUGGAAGAUAUGUAGCUGAGGGAACAGUUCUGAGGAAUUACGCUGAUGUUCUGGCCAUUCUGAUGAGACUCCGACAACACUGCUGCCACCCUGAUCUGCUGGCAAAGAUAUCCUCAGAUUUAGGUGCUGCAGCCACACCUGCAGAGCUGAGGGAGCGUCUGGUGGAAAAGCUGCGCCUGGUACUGGCUAGCGGCUCUGAUGAGGAAUGCUCUGUGUGUUUGGACUCGGUGUGUCUACCCGUGAUCACACACUGUGCCCACGUUUACUGUCGGCCCUGCAUCGCCAAGGUCAUCAGCACUCAACAGGGGACGGCCCGCUGUCCUCUGUGUCGCAGCGACAUUAAGGAAACUGAACUGGUGGAGGUUCCACUGGAGGAAAUGGAGGAUGAGAGCAGUACACACGCUAAGAAAUGGAGGACAAGCUCAAAGGUGCAGGCACUGAUGGGAAACCUGCUCAGGCUGCAGAGUGAGGACCGCAGCAUUAAAUGUUUGGUCGUCUCUCAGUUUACACGCUUCCUCUCCAUCCUUGAGACUCCACUCAGAGAACAUGGGUUUAGUUUUGUCCGUUUGGACGGCACCAUGAGCCAAAAGAAGCGGGCUCAGGUCAUCCAGGAUUUCCAGAGCUCUGCAGCCAAUAGCCCAUCCAUCAUGCUGCUGUCACUCAAAGCCGGGGGCGUGGGGCUUAACUUGACCGCUGCCUCUCAUGUUUUCCUCAUGGACCCUGCGUGGAAUCCAGCCACUGAGGAGCAGUGCAUCGACCGCUGCCACCGCCUGGGCCAGAAGAGGAAGGUUGUUGUUACUAAGUUUAUUGUGAAGGAUUCAGUGGAGGAGAACAUGGUGAGAAUCCAGAGGAAGAAGCAGGACCUGGUGGAGAAGGCGUUCGGCUCUGCAAACACCGAUAAGAAAACAUCUCGCAUUGAUGACAUCAAAGCCUUGUUGGAGCUGUAGACGUCAGAAAAUGGACUCAUCUGAGUGAUUUGUUCACAUGGAAAAAAACAGUUGCACCUAGUUGUGUUGAGUUAUCUGUUCUUUUUUGGAGUCAGACACUGGACGUCAGCAGCCUUCAGUUACAUUUGCACUUGUUAACAUUUCAUGCUUUUUUGCAGCAAAUAAUUAAUCUUGAAAUGUAAUUUUAAUGUCUGUUGCCUUGUAAAUGUUACAUUUCAGUACUGAUUCAGUCACAAGAGACACCGCUUCCAAAGCUGAAGAAUGACAUUGGACAUAAGACUUCCAUUGGGUUUAGUGUAUUUCACUAACAGAGAUGCAAGUAACAAAAAAAAAUAUAUGCCAGUAUUGUACUUCACCCAAGUAUACAUACUCAUUACAUUUUUAAAACCAGGUCAUUACUUUGGCUUUGAUGCAUUUAAGAGGAAUUGUCCAUUAUUUGUCUUCCCUAACUUACACGAAAAGAUGGCAAAAUAUAUAAAAGAUGAAAAUGGUAUGAAAGGUGAAAACCCCAUCCUGUAAUUUCAGAUUUUGUUAUUUAGGACUUAGUGCUGUACGUAGAGAAAGUACAAGAUGCCUUUUGCAACAGUAAAAUAAAACUACUGCCAUCUGAGUUCCCAUUCAAGAUGGAGAUGACAUAAUAGACAAAUGGGUUGAAGAUGCAACAAGACUAAAAUAAUGUACAUUUUGUGUAUCUAAAUGAAAACGUAAGACCAAAUCUACAUAAAAGAUGUAACUCCAUGAUAUAAAUGACCAAACAGUCGACGGGUUCUGGAUCCUGUAGAAUAGGAUCCACUGUUUGACACUGAAAAAUGAGGAGUGAAGUUAAUGUUCAGUAUUUUCAGUCUAUUUGAAAUUUGACCAUGAACAGUUUGCAACAUGUUCAGUUCACAUUGCGUGUAAAGCGGUAGUGAAGUAGAAACGUCUCUAAAGGCCUGGUUUUUACUGUUACACUUUGAGUUUCAGCACUUGUACAUAAUCAUUCUCACUGCAGUUCGGAAGCUGAAUCAGUACUUCAACCACUCUUUUUUUAAGUGUCUGUACUUCUGCUUCUGUAAAUAAAAUAUGUAUAUUUGCCACCUCUA